GGUGGCGGCGAGGUCACGUGCCCCGUUUAAAUCUCUCCCCGAGGUGGGGGAGGGGGCCUGUCUCCCGCGGAGGCGCCGCUGCUGGCUGCGGAGGGGGAGGGAGCGGCUGCUCCUGCUCCAAGAUGGCGGACGAGGAGACGCCACUCCUCCAGCCCUGGAGCGGGGGCCGCGGCGCCAGCGGCGUCGCGGUGGACGCCUCGAAGAGCCCCGAGCCGCCUCUCAAGCGCCAGCGACGGGCCUCGCCUGAUGGCGACGGGCCGGGCCGGGUGUUAGAGAAGGGACCCGGCCGAGAGGCACAGGCGGCUCCCCUCCCGGAAAGCCAGGCCUGGCCAGAGGGGAAGGGCGGCGGCGGCGACGACGACUACACCGAGGCGGCGGCGACCGGAGGAGAAGGGUGGAGCGGCGCCGGCAACGCGUUGAGGCGGUGGGGCCCGGCCCGAGAAGAGCCGCCGCCUUCGCCGCAGCAACUGCAGCAGCCGCCGCCACGGCGGUGGCCGAGCCAAGGGGAGGGAACGGAGGCGGUGCCCGCCGGAGACGCAGCGGAGACUGCCAUUGGCUGUGGGCCGGCGCAGUGUUCAAACGGGGAUGCUGAGGCGGCGACGGCUCCGCAAGCUGACAACAUACUUCUUAGUGAUGAAAUUAUUGCAAAUGGUUUCCAUUCCUGUGAGAGUGAUGAAGAUGACAGAGCCUCUCAUGCAAGCUCUAGUGACUGGACUCCAAGGCCACGUAUAGGGCCCUACACUUUUGUCCAACAACAUCUCAUGAUAGGCACAGAUCCACGUGCAAUUCUAAAAGACUUGUUGCCAGAAACUAUUCCUCCCCCUGAACUGGAUGAUAUGACAUUGUGGCAAAUAGUUAUUAACAUUCUUUCUGAACCACCUAAAAGAAAAAAGCGGAAAGACAUUAAUACUAUAGAGGAUGCUGUGAAACUCCUACAAGAAUGCAAAAAAAUAAUUGUUUUAACUGGAGCUGGGGUGUCUGUUUCUUGUGGAAUUCCUGACUUUCGAUCAAGAGAUGGUAUCUAUGCACGCCUUGCAGUUGAUUUCCCAGAUCUUCCAGAUCCUCAAGCCAUGUUCGACAUUGAAUACUUUAGAAAAGAUCCAAGGCCGUUUUUUAAGUUUGCAAAGGAAAUAUAUCCUGGACAGUUUCAGCCAUCUCUCUGUCAUAAAUUUAUAGCUCUGAUGGACAAAGAAAGAAAACUGCUUCGAAAUUAUACUCAGAACAUAGAUACACUGGAACAAGUUGCAGGAAUUCAAAGGAUAAUCCAAUGUCAUGGUUCCUUUGCAACAGCUUCUUGCCUAAUCUGUAAAUACAAGGUUGAUUGUGAAGUUGUCCGUGGAGAUAUUUUUAAUCAGAUUGUUCCUAGGUGCCCCAGGUGUCCACCUGAUGAACCCCUUGCCAUCAUGAAGCCAGAAAUAGUGUUCUUUGGCGAAAAUCUACCAGAGCAGUUCCAUAGGGCCAUGAAAUAUGAUAAAGAUGAGGUUGAUCUUCUUAUUGUUAUUGGGUCUUCACUUAAAGUAAGACCAGUAGCACUGAUUCCAAGUUCCAUCCCUCAUGAAGUGCCUCAGAUUCUAAUUAAUAGGGAACCAUUGCCUCAUCUACACUUCGAUGUGGAGCUUCUUGGUGACUGCGAUGUGAUUAUCAAUGAAUUAUGUCAUAGGUUAGGUGGUGAAUAUACAAAACUUUGUAACAGCCUAGUCAAACUUUCAGAAAUAACAGAGAAACCUCCACGAGUGCACAAGGAAUUUGAAAUACACUCAAUUGAAUUACCACCAACUCCUCUAAACAUUUCUGAAUAUUCUAGUUCACCUGAAAGAAUUGCACCCCAAGACUCUCCAGUGGUACAUUCAGAUCAUUCUUCUGAAUAUAAAGCAGGAAAUUCUGAUGGUGCCUUGGUAUCUAAAGAGAACUGUGUAGAAGGGAAAACAUAUGAAGUUCAAAAUUCUUUAGAAAACGCUGAAAGUCUUACUGAUCAGUUAGAAAGCCCAGAACACAUGAAAGAAAAAGGAUCUAACCAAGGCGAAAACAAAGAGAGACUUCUAUUUGUUGAAACACUGAGAAAAAGAUGUGCAAAAGAACAGAUUAGCAAGCGACUUGAUGGUACUCAAUACUUGUUUUUACCCCCAAAUCGCUAUAUCUUCCAUGGUGCUGAGGUAUACUCAGACUCUGAAGAUGAUGUCAUAUCCUCCAGCUCUUGUGGAAGUAGCAGUGAUAGUGGGUCCUGUCAUAGUCCAAGCUUAGACAUAGAAGAUGAAAGUGAAAUUGAAGAAUUCUAUAAUGGCAUAGAAGAUGAUGAUGUUCCUGAUAGAGAAGAGGAGAAUGGCUUUGGGGAAGAUGGAGCUGACCUUCAAGAAGCUGUUGAUGAGUCAGCUUCUGUAAAUGAGGCUAUAGGACUUGAUCAUCCAACAGACAAGCUGUGAAGUAAUUACUGGUUCCAGGAACUUUCCCACCAGCAUUAGAAAUUUUGGCAUGUCAGAAUGAAUGUGUAUUGAAUUUAGAGCAAAGAAUAAGGAUGUAAUGUUUAUACACAACUAGAGUAGAUUUUCAUGCAUAGUUUUCUAACUUUUCAGAUCAAAUUCUAUAAAGGCACACUCAACACCAACUGAUCUUAUGUUUUGAAUUUUGAAGAAGGUACUAAGUAUCUUUUACUGUCACUGCAUUCACAUUAAGUUAAUCUGCGUGAUCUGUGUGUAUAUAUACAGUAUUUUUGCUUAACAAAUUUCAGCCUAUUAUUUUUAAACAGUUUGAAAAAGCCAUUGGAAUGUUAAUGUAAUAUAAAGGGAACAGCUAAUCUAGACCAAAGAAUGGUAUCUUCCACACCUCUCUUGCUUUGUUAUACUUUGGUUUAUUUAAAGUCUGCUUGUAUUUCUCUUAAUUCUCUUCCUGCAUAAUCUGUUCAACACUGGUAUUUCCCCAGAAUUUCUAUGGCAGCUAUGUUUGUUUUAACAUUACUCUUCAUAUUGAGAUGCAUGUGAGCACACUGCAAGAUACUUAGACAUCAUUGCAAGCAUCUCAUAAAUCUUUUGUAGAUUACUAGAAAGUGCUUUAAAAAACUUCCUGUGGAUAUGUGCUAGUGCCUGUGGCUUGCACAACUGUAGCAAGAAAGUGUUAAAUGAUGUCAUCAGCAACUGCUCUUGUUGCAGGAAGUCAGUAUAUAAAAAAGCUUAAUGUAAAAGGUUCUUUGUAUACACUGCCAAGAUGUGAAUAUGCAAAUGUACUGAAAGUAUAUAUAAAGGGAAGUUAAUGCUACCCAAAUACAAUACUUUAGUAAGGAGUUACUUAGGCUUCCAAGGAGUUACUUAGGCUUCCAGUGUAAUGCAUAAAUAGCAGUUUAAGCGUGAUUUCAAACGUGCUGCCCGAGGGCUUACGACUUUGGUUUGGAAACCCUUUGGAAACCCUCUAAUACCACUUGUUGGUACAGUUCUUUUUAAGCAGCUACUGAAAUUUGUCCCUAUACUGCCUCAAGGCUGCCUUUACAUAGAUAUCGCAGAUGUUUCCAGCAUAGUUUUGAAUUUGUUUUGAAACCACUUUUAACAGUGUCCCAAAAGAGCUCAACCAGUCGUCAUUGCAGUGCAUUGCUUUAAUAUUUAUUCCAUUUUGAAAUAUGUACAGUAGCUGUCCUUUUAAGCAAUUAAUACAUCUGUUUUGUAGCACAGCAUAACAAACUGUUAAGAAUGGCCUUCUGUGUUCAUCUAAAAAAUGUUGGCAUGUUUUCUAGUGGCCCAGGUUCUAAAUGUCAGAACUUAGGCUACACUAAAGAAUGCAAUAUGUUUAGCUUUGCUUGCAUGUCAAAAUGUAUUUGUGCUAUAGGAGAUAUUUUAAAUGGAAAGAUUUUGUUUUUAAAUUAUUUUUACAGUGUGGAUUGUUUUCUGCUUUUAUAUUGUAUAUAGUGUCUUUUAUGUAACCAACUGGCAAAUGUUUUGUAGAAGAUGGUUUAAAAAUGACUGGCUCUCUUCCUGCAACUUUUGAAAUAUAAAACCAGUGUUUUAUACUUGUAUAGUUUGUUUUAAUGUCUAUUAAAUUGUCAUUUAACUUUU